CAUAUACUUAUAUAUAAAUUUAUUAAAGAAAAUUGAAAAAUUGGGUAAAACAGAAAUAAUAACUUAAAGCAAGAGACCUUUUGUUUGUACUCUAAGGUGAUAAAAGGCACUUCCAACCAGAGGGAUCAAUCAAAAAGGGGAGAGAUUGGGAUUAUUACUUAAUAAUUAAAAAAUUUGGAAAAAAACAUGGCCGUGGUGAUAGAAACUACCAUAGGAGAUUUCACAGUGGAUCUGUACACUGAUGAACGCCCUCAAACCACGCAGAAUUUCCUGAAGCUGUGCAAACUAAAGUACUACAACUGGAAUCUUUUCCACUCGGUGCAAACCAAUUUCAUUGCACAGACCGGUGAUCCCACUGGCACUGGAAAGGGCGGAGAGAGCGUAUAUGGAAUUGUACUGGGUGAAAAAGCCCGUUACUAUGAGGCUGAACAGAUACCAAAGAUCAAACAUAGCCGUGUAGGUUUGUUAUCCAUGGUGAAUUGUGGGAACAACAUGCUGGGCUCUCAGUUCUUCAUUACGCUGGGAUCAGAGCUACAAUCCUUGGACAGUGAACACUGCGUGUUCGGAGAGAUAACAGAAGGAUUGGAAGUGAUCCUCAAAUUUAACGAGACCAUCUGCGAUGGAGAUCAAAGGCCAUAUCAGGACAUAAGGAUAUCUCAUACUGUCAUUUUGGAAGAUCCAUUUGACGAUCCUGUGGGAUUUGUAGUUCCGGACAGAAGUCCGGAACCUACAAAGGAAGCUCUAAUGAGCGAUAGAAUUGGAGCAGAUGAAACAAUCGACGAUACCGGCGGCAUGACCACAGAAGAGAUCAUGGAAAUGCAGAAGAACAAGGAAGCGAAAGCGAGAGCCACGAUAUUAGAAAUUGUGGGUGAUAUACCGGACGCGGAUAUUGCCCCGCCGGAAAACGUCUUGUUUGUCUGUAAAUUAAAUCCAGUCACGAACGACGACGAUCUUGAAAUUAUCUUCAGUCGUUUUGGAAAAAUUGUUGGUUGUGAAGUUAUAAGAGAUCAUCAAACGGGCGAUUCCUUGCAGUAUGCAUUCAUCGAAUUCGCGGAUCGUAAGAGCUGCGAGGAUGCAUAUUUCAAGAUGGACAACGUUCUGAUCGACGACCGAAGGAUACAUGUGGAUUUCUCGCAAUCAGUCGCGAAGAUGCGUUGGCGUGGCAAGGGGAAAGGUAUCCGGUAUUUCGACGAGGAUGAUAAACCGAAGAAACGCGAGGACAAUUAUUCAUCCUCGAGGAAACCUGACGCAUCGCACAAUAAGGAUCAUGACAAUGGUAAAAGUAAAGAGGAAGGAAAAAGAAAGGAAAGUGAUAGAGAUCGUGGUUCCGAACACAGAAAUUACGAGCGCCGAAGAGAAGACAGAGAUACCAGAGGCAGAAGAAAAGAAGAUAGAUUGUAUGAUGACCAUCAUGAGAGAAAUAAGUACGACAGCGAGCGAAAAGAUAGAAGAAGAAGGGAGGAACGACGAGAUAGGGAUAGAAGUGAUCAGAGGAGAGGUCACAGCGAAGACAAAUCGGAAAGAAGAAGCAAGAGGGACGAGAACAACGAUCGAAGAAGAGAUCACAGCGAAGAGAGAUUGGAAAGGAGAGGUAGAAAGGAUGAUGACAGGGAACGUCGGCAUCGUGAUAACGAGAGGAAAAGACCGGACGACGAUGACGAUACGAGACACAGAGACAGAUCGCACAGGCAUAAAAGAAAACGAUGAAAGAAAAUAAGAUAUGAGAGGGUUAGAGAAGCAUUAAGCUAUGUAUUCAUAAAGCAGGCCUGUCCAAUUUGAGCUCCAAAACGUAAAUUCAUCGACGCAAAAAAAUUCAAUGUGAAUAAGAUUUCGGGAGCUGUAGUGUUGAUACGCAUCUAAGUGACGCUUAUCAACGCUUUAUAAUUCUAAACUCUUACUAACAUUGAAUUUUUUUACGUUAAUGGUUUUGCGUUUUGGCACCGGAACUCAAAUUGAACAAAUUGCACUAAAGGAACAUAGACUAGCAUUUCUAUUGCCUGUUUCCGUAAAAGUUCCAUGUUUCUCGAUGUUCCUCGUCGUCGCUAGGAACAGAAAUAUGAGAUACUUAACUCUAUAUAGAAGCAGGAUUACAUCUCAUGAGUUUAUUUGGUGGAGACAAAUUGUUUCAGUUGUCAGUAACAAUAGACAACAAAAAUUUCCUCAAUGUUUCUUUGGUGAAGUUUAAGAUAUAUCUAUGAUAAGACCGUUCUUAUAUUUGAGAAAUAUAAACUGUAAAUGCAGUUCCAAGAUGUGAUAAACUAAAAUGAUCUCGGAUCGGACGAAAACUCGUUCGUUUUGCGCAGAUGUUCAUAGCGUUGUAUAGCGUUACAUUGCUUGCUAUGCGCAAACCGAGGUCAUUCUCUCGUUGAACAGAGUAAUCGUCUUAAAGCCUUACUUAAAUCGAUCUUGAAAUGAUUUCCUUCCUAUUGUAAAAAAAAAAUGAAUAAACGCACAGUUUACAAGAGAGGCUGUAAUUCAAACGUUUCUUUUUUUUUACAUCGAGUAAAAUUGCCAGUAUUCUUUCGAGUACAAAAUAUUGAGAAAAAAAAACGUAUUCGUUAAAUCAAUCGGCACAAAACGGAGUAUUGAUCGACGCACGCACUUUCUUCGCAAAUUGAUGGAGAUUUUCGCAAGGCCACGGGAAGCUCUACAGAUUCUAUAAAUGGUAACAGCGCGUACGGUAAAGCUAUCGAAACCACAGAACUUCAUUCGACAAAGUAGUAGUCUCGACGGGGCGUGACGCCGAUGAUCGCCAUAACAGGUAUGACGAUGGAUGAUCAAAACUGAUUAUCGAACGGCCGUAUAAAAAAUAGAGAGCAAAAAACGAUUUAGUACCGUUCGGGCACUGUCGCCCGAUUUAAGCAGAAUCACAUUUUCUCUGCCCGGCGCACUUUCGAGUCCCAAGUCCCGCUUUAAAUAUUAUAGGAACGAUAAUAAAAUCAUUUACGUGGACAUGCAGGUAACGAGCUGCGCAGCCCGCGGGCUCUCACAGAACGUUCUUUUGUUUCUUUGGUGACGUCGCAAUUUGGUAUUUUGGAUUCUUGUCCCGUAGAACACAAACAGCAUCACUUCAAUCAUCACUUCAAUCGUUACGUUAUUUCAAUGUUAAAAUUUCUUCAACAAUAUAGAUUAGAAAUUAACAAAGGCACCUAUGAGGUGCCAUAUACUGAUUUUAAUGAAACUUUGUCACAAUAGAGUAAAAAAAUGAAUUUAGAAAAUAGUAAUUGCGGCGAAAAAAUGGUUUGAAGGAAAC